AGAAGGCCAACAUUGAAGGGUUCCGAGUUUUUGAGAGAGAAAGCGAUCCCUAGAGAGAGAAAGCGACGAACCAGAGUUCCCAAGUGCCAUAGCUUGAUCUUCAUCACCAUUGGAGCCCGGCUUGAGCUUGGAGAAGUGCCGAUUGAACGUCCAGGAGCAGAAAUCCAUCUUCACAGUAUGAUUUCCGCGUCUGAAUAUGCUUUUGCUUCUUUCUCUAUGGAGUAGUUCCCCCAUUCAUCUGGGUAUGGGGAACCCUAGAUUUGUAUGCUAGGUCUGAUUGUAUGAACCCAAGUACAGAGUUUGUGAAUUGAUUAUAUUCGAUUGAGGUUUGAAUGAUUGAAU